GUAUUUCUGGCUCCGAGCUUUGUGAUGAAGUAGUCACCAAGGGCAUUAACCUCCGGAGCUCCUAGAGAGUACAAUGCUUCUAGCAGGGAAAGGGCUGCUCGGCGACGGAGCUCGGGACGAUGACGUACUUCCGGCCUUUGUAGGUUUUCUGAGUGAUGCUGCCUGCGCGGCAGACCUGGAGCUCCCACGAUCCCGAAGGUGAGUCUCAGGCACUUUGUUCCGACUCGCCUGCCCCAGGAAGAUUAAGAUCGGUGCCUUGGAAUAGGUGAGGAGGGGACGUCUGCGCGGGCGUGGCCCCCGCCAGCCUCUCGUGGUCACCUGGACACACGCCUCGGGUAGAAGGAGGUCCCGCUCCUGCCCUCUCUGGAGUCGUGGGAGAAGACCCCCUUGUGGAGGCAGAGCUUUGUGACCAGACCCGAGGUGUAUCCUCCUGAAGAAGAUUAAAUCAGAGGAUCUUAAAUCAGUUACACCUCCACCCCAGGCUGGAUUGAGCCCUUCUAAAUUAAUCCCAGGAUGGCUUCAGCAGGGGAACAGGAUGGACUUAAGAUUGUGAAGGUGGAGGAAGACCCUAUCUGGGACCAAGAACCCUACCUUCAAGAGAACAACUUUUCUGGCCAGGAAGCCUCCCGCCAACUUUUUAGACACUUUUGUUACCAAGAGACUCCUGGUCCCCGAGAAGCACUGAGCCGGCUUCGGGAACUCUGUCAUCAGUGGCUGAGGCCUGACACACAUACCAAGGAGCAAAUCCUGGAGCUCCUGGUGCUCGAGCAGUUCCUGACCAUCCUGCCUGAGGAGCUCCAGGCCUGGGUAUGUGAGUACCAUCCCGAGAGUGGGGAGGAGGCAGUGGCUGCAGUUGAAGACCUGGAGCGAGAGCUCAGUGAACCAGAGAACCAGGCCCCAGAUUGUGAACAUGGACUUGCUGAAAUGCUCUCAGGGGAUGCAGUGCAUUUGAAGGCCAAGGAGGAAUCAACAGCUUUCCAGCUUCAGUCCAUGGUGAUGCAGCUCAAAUGUGAAUCUUUUGGGGUCCACAAAUUUGGAGAACAAGAUGGUGAAACUGUACUUAAAAACCAGGACUUGACAUCAAAACAGGAAGUCUUAAAAGAAAUGGAACAUUUUGAGAAUAGCAGACUCCAAAGAGAUAUUCCUUUAGAUUCUAAAUAUAGAGAAAUGUGUAAACAUGAGAGCAGGGAAGAGAAACAGAGCGGACAGCCCACUGGAGAGAGACGUCACAAGUGCAGCGAGUGUGGGAAAAGCUUUACUCAGAGUUCAGUUCUCAUUCAGCACCAGAGAAUCCACACUGGGGAGAAGCCAUAUGAAUGUGAAGCAUGUGGAAAGACCUUCAGCCAGAGGUCAGGCCUGAUUGAACAUCAGCGGAGCCACACUGGAGAGAAACCCUAUCAGUGUAAGGACUGCGGGAAAGCUUUCCGUGCCAGCAAUGGCCUCAUUAGACACAGAAGGAUCCACACAGGGGAAAAACCAUAUGAAUGUGAAGAGUGUGGGAAAACCUUCCGCCUAAGCUCGUACCUUGUUCAGCAUCAGAGGAUACACACUGGAGAGAAGCGCUAUCACUGUAAUGAAUGUGGGAAAGCCUUCAGUCAGAAUGCAGGGCUUUUCCAGCAUCUCCGAAUCCACACUGGUGAGAAACCCUAUCAGUGCAGUCAGUGCAGUCAAAGCUUUAGUAGGCGAACGCUCCUUAUAAAACAUCAGAGAAGCCACACUGGAGAGAGACUGUAUGAGUGUGAUGAGUGUGGGAAAGCUUUCAGUCAUCACUGCAACCUCAGUAGGCAUUUUAGAAUCCAUACUGUUGUCAAACUGGACUAAACUAACCCUAUGGACCGCCAGGGCCCUUCAGUGAGGUGAUCCUUGGGAAAGUAAGAUAUUCAAAUGGCUUAUUUUGCUCUUAGGAAAUUUGUUUUGGAAUGCAUGGCUUUUUUUGCAGACCAUGUGCUGCUGUUUCCUGAGUGGUUGACUGUGGGUGUGAGCAUGUGGGCACUUGCUGGGCAGCUUCCUUCUUCCCUAUCCCUUGGUUCAUUUCUAACAAUUUCCCUUAAAGCAACCAAAUCUUACCAGGCUUGAUUCCUGGUCAGGGAACUAGAUCCCACAUGCCAUGUGAUGAGGCCAAUAAUAAUAAACCCUUUGCAAUGUUCCUGUUUUAUUCAUAGCCUUUUUUGUCACAGGCUUUCGAAGUUUAGCCAUGUGGAAGGCCACUGUAAGCAGCAUGAUUGAGAUUAUAAAGAAACGGAGCCUCUGACCUCAGGCAGCUUACGCUUACCUGGGGAGACCAGCAGGUCCAAGCCAUUUACUGUCAGGGUUAAACACACAAGUCUGGCACCACACUGUCCAGGUUCAGUACCUGCCUCUCCAUCUGUGAGCUCUGUGACCUUGGGCAGUUUAAUUAAAUGUCCCUAUGCUACAGUCUCCCUAUCUAUAAAUAUAAUAGGGGAUAAGAGUACCCUUCUCAUAGGAUACAUGAGAUUAAUACAGAUUUGUAAAGCACUGAAAAUAUAACUCAAUAAAUGUACACUGUGAUUUACCUAAGAAA